AUGAGCUGUAUCGAUGAUUUGCCUGACGAUCUACCCGUGAAAAUAUUGUCAUCCAUUCCGACAAAAGAUGUUGUUGCCACGAGUCUUUUAUCAAAAAGAUGGGAGUCUCUGUGGACGAUCGUGAGGAGACUGGAGUAUGAUCAAGAAUAUCACUAUGAUAAGAGAACUGGAUUCUCAAGUUUUGUUGACAAGUCUCUGCUUUCAUAUCAGUCUCCGGUUCUUGAAAGCCUGAAUUUCAAAUUCAAGUCAAGGCUCUUAUCAAAAUGCCCUCUUCUUGCUGACCUCAUGGUUGAAGAAAGACAAAGCAAUGCUAUGUCAAAGCUUAAUAUCGCGGUUCCUUCAUUGCAGCGAUUGUCCAUUAGAACAGUGAUUGGUAGUGACAAAGAGUUCAUAUAUUUCAGUUAUGAUAAGGAUAUUCCAAAGGUUGUGAUAAAUGUUCCUUCUUUGAAGUACUUAACCAUUGACGAUAGGGGAAUGAUUUUCAUGUCAUUGAGAACUUGUCUCAAGUUGUGGAUGCAAAGAUCAAAGCUAACGAAACACCCACCAGAGUUUUCCUAA